UAGAUUUCAGUGAGUAUUGUAAAAUCCACAAUCAAGAGUUGUCAUUUAUGAUUUUAACACAGAGCACAAACCAUGGCUCUUUUUAAACAUUUAAAUCUGACUGUUCCAAAACAUUUUGAUUUCCAAAGGAUUUGUGAUCUUAAACAAUUUAGUGACUUGGAAGUUACAAUACAGAAUUCUAGGGACCAAGUAGAAGAACUUGAAGCAUGUGAAAACACAGAUUUCUCUAAAUGGGAACUGCAAUGUCCAGAAAAUGUUGAUUCUUUAUUUAUCAUGGUGACCUCUAAAGACAAUACCUGCAUUAAAGUCCUUGACCUUGAUCCAAACAACAAAAACCUAUACCUAGACCUUAACACUGACCAAGACACGUUACCUUUGACCUUGAUGCUGAUUGGUCUACAGACUGUUACCAAGGGAAGUCAGAAGUACUAUGUAGUUAGAACUGAGGGAUAUACAGAGAUAAAAGAAGAAAUGUCAAGCAUGGAACUAAAUCUCACAGAGAGUAAAGGAUCCCUUUGUGGUUCUAAGUUGUUUGACUUGGCAGAUAAUAAAGGAGCAGAGAUAGCUGUUAAACAUAAAUUAGGUUCUAAAUACUGGAUAAAGACAGAACCAUCAAGUAGGAAACAAACUUCUAAAUUCAUCAUCCUGCAGGACAAGGAAUCAGAAGAAGUUUAUUUCUUCUUUACAGAAAAUAUCUGGAGGUUUAAAAGUAUCCCAUUUCUACUAAAGCCCUGUUCUCAGUACAGAUGCAUGACCUACUAUGGAUGUACAUCCAGCUCUCAGGAUCAUGUACUUAGUUUUAGAUGUAAAUCACUGUCUGGAGUGGCAUUUACAAAGAAUUACCAGCUGUUCAGGACAUCAAAGAUACACACUUUUACUGCAUACAUGACAAAAACAGAACUGCAAAAGCUGUACAAUAUGGGAAGAAAAUUUGUCGGGAGAAACAACAUAAUGGCUCCAAUAAGAUUUUUCUACAGAAACAAACCAAGAGAAUACUUUGAGGAUAUAUUCUGGAAAAGUAAUGGCAUCAUGAGGAAAUAUAUGAAGGACAAUAAUGGGGACAGGUAUUCUGUCAUCAACAAAAACUUGGAAGGAUUGUUCUUCAGCGCACUCUUAGAAUCCAAAACCUUGAAACCACCUCCCACGUCAAUAUUUGGCACACGGAGAAUGUUUGUUUUUGCUCCAAAGAUGCUAAAUCUUCGAUCUAAUGUCUACUUUGCUGAUUUCUACUGUAACUUUUACAUUCAUUACGUCACCCUUGUUAUCACAGAAGCUAACUCAAGUGCUGAUAAAUACUGUAGGGGAAGACUACUUAUGGUGAAUCAAUAUGACAACCCAUUCAUCAAGCUUGUACUGGAGCAUGGCGAGUGGAGUGUGUUUGUCACAACAAAUGUUCACGUUGAACUGUUUUAUACUGAAAAUAUAGAUCUUAAUGCUAUCAAGUACCAGCAAGGAGGGUUCUUGUUUGAAGAUGUACCAGUCAGGGGUAAGGGUACCAGUUGUCCUGAGGGCAUAGCUAAGAAAGCAGGAUGUAAAAUAUGUAAUUUGGAGGCAUGAUGUGUUUUUUAUUCAAAACAUUACAUGUAGUCACUGUGCUACCUUUCCAGUUUAGUGCUUACUUUGUUUUAGAUUAUUUAUUUUGAUGCAAAAACUGUUUUAUAAUGACAAUAAAUGAGAGUUCUUAUAUCAAAAUUGUUGAUCUAAA